AUGUACGCCAAGGUGCCCAACAUGCUCGCCCUUCUCCUUCUCUGCUUCACCAGCUUCUCCCUCGCGGCCGAGAAUUCUGGUGUUGUGGGCUUCUCCCCAGCUUCACCCCUGUUUGACAGAAACUUGGACAUGAGCUUGGAACCCCGAGCUAUCAGCCAGUCGUGCUUCACGUCUGUAGUCAACAGGCUAUCCCCUCCUCUGCCCACCAACAGUGCUUUCUCCCGCUGGGCCACCGCCUCCCUUGUUAUGCCCACCUGCACCGUCACCGCUCCCGCCAGCCUCUCGUCCGACUACAUGAGCUACGACAAGGUUCUGUCCACCUGGCUCAGCACCAUCAAGUCCGCCGCCGGCAACAUCAAGACGGACUGCGGCGCUGACAGGUUCUCCCUCACCUUCUCUGGGUACUGCAGCUCCUCGCGCACCGUCUACUUCACCAGCGCCCAGCAGACCCAGACUGCCACACUGCCCAAGAUGGACAAGCCCGAUACCAUCUACAUCACCGGCGCUGGGCACGCUCUCCAAGCCUCAUACCUUCUGGCUAUUGGGGCUACCCUUCUCGCCCUGGUGCUUUAA